AUGGAGUGCGGAGCCUUCGCCCCCCCGGAUUUGGCCUGGACAAAUUACAAUCCUCUCGACGUCAGCCUAAAUUCCUCAACACUGGCACUCCCAAGGCCAUUCGACACCUCCCUCAAACCUCCCAUCCACCACCAUCUCUGUCAAACUGCAAAGGACGAACCUGUCCAGGAAGUAGAGACCACCGAGACGACUGUUGCAGCCCCAGAGUCGGACGACAACGAGAGCGACGACGGCGAUGAUGAAGAGUCGUUGGGUGAGGAGCAGACGGACAGCCUUCGGAUUGCGAUUCCCAAGAAGGUCAAAAAGAAGCCAGCAGAGGAGCCCAAAUACAUUUUCCGUAGAGCUUUCAAGCGGUACCUGAUCUCGAACUUGCCGCCGACACUGGUUUUACAUCUCAAGCGGUUUGAGUCCUCAGGACGGCUUAGACAGAUGCGCAAGAUUGAGGACCAUGUUGAUAUUCCAGUCGAGAUCGACAUGGCGCCCUACUUUGUUCCCAAGAACAAGAUUGAGGAAGAGGAGGAGAACGGGAGCGAGACCGGGUCCGAGGCACGGAAGGAGGAGGAGGUGAACGGGUCCAAGUCCAAGAAGUACAGGCUUUGUGGAGCGGCGGCGAGGAUCACAGCAGAAAAGGCCAAGUCCAAGAGCACCAUCAGAGUCAAUGGCGUAGAGUUGCCCGAUGUCCCCUUGGCGGUGAUGUUGGCACUGUAG